AUGUUGGAAGUUGGGAUGAACUGGGUAUGUCAAAAGAGGAUUCUCGACGUAGCCGGAGGUGACCCAAAACAGUGUGGAGAGGGAGAACUUGAACGUAUUCCAAAAUGGAAGUCUGGCCGCCUAAACCCUUGCUUCCGUCAACAGAUUUCAAAUACUAACUGCCUCGCCUUACCGCACAAAAGAAGCUGGACUGGCGCUACAGAUGCGCACUCUCAUACUACCUUAAUCGUUGUUGGCUUCUUGCAUCGAGUGGUGCCCACUGAAAUACGGAUCGGUAAGCCGCUCGGAGCAGACGAUGAGAAGAGAAGUGCCACUACGUCGGCUCCCUCCGUUCGUGUUCUACCAGACUGGUGGAACGGGCAGCGCUCCUGGCCAACAAGAAGCAAAUACAUCAAUAGUAUAUCCGCGAGGGAAACAAGCUCGAAUGAUCGAAAGUUGGACGGGAGUUCAAUUAGGGUAUAUGUCAAGAAUUUGACCUUUGAAGAAAUGAAAUGUAUGCAUGAAGUGCAGUCGUGGGGUCUCAUCAAAGGGAAUCCUUUGAUCCGUGGCGUGCUUGGCGACGUAGACGUGUCCACCACGCCAGAACAGAUUCAUCCUCAUGAUUCAAAAUAUCUAGGUGGUGUUAGGCAUCUCGAAGAGGCUACGCUAGGCCAAACUAGGGAUGAGGACAUAAGGAUUAAUUUGGAAUCAUGGGUAGAAUUUGGAAUGCUCACCACCAACGCCAAAAACCCACGUCCCACGGUUGUGUUUCGCUUCCUGCUGCAUUCUGUGGCAACUCUCAUGCCCGGAAAUCGACAAAUUGAAUCCGCGCUCGGCCUCGUGGUUUUAAUCAGCCACAAACUGGGCGAAAGGCUUGGCCUAGCUCCUGUUGUUGAUUGGUCGGUCCAAUGGAAGCCGAUAUGUCGCCAUUCUUUUCUUUGUGAUUCACUAAUCUUGCUGCAUCCUACACAAUGUGCCCGCAAGUUUCAAUCUGAACACGUCGCUUUACUAAUUCCGGGUAAAAAAGACCGUGUGUCGUUCUUGCAAUCGACUGUUGUGGAGGUCCUUCAUAUUGCUGCCGACCUGCCCCCAUUUCCUUCGGAGAAGCUUCCCCUUGAUAUGUCGUCCACAGUAUACACCGAUCCCUCCAUUGGCUCAUCUCCAUUUAUUUCUUCCCACGGCGAAAAAAUGCAGACUAUACCAACACCACCUCCUUCGCCUCAUCCCUUCCUCCCCCCUAGCCGAGUAUCCACUAUUUCCUCUUGGACGUCCACCUUGCCAGAGAGGGGCUCUCGACCUCGAUCUACGUCUGAGGCUGACCCAACAUCAAGAGAUGCCGCAAUUGAAGCCUACAGAAAGCUCAAGCUGGCGCUGUUUUCGAAAGCCCGAUGCUCUUUGCUAAAGUAUGUCAGCCGCUUUAUCGCAAAUUCGGAGAUAGAGCACGACCUAGCCUGGAGCGUCCUUGAGAAGACGAGCAAGGCUCAGACGAAUCUCGACACCUCUCAUUCUCUAAGCUUCUCGGUGGAUACAGCCAUGGUGGUACAUCUCUACGAUGGGCCGAACAUCCCACCCAACCGAAGGUUUGGUCGGCAGUUAUGGCCAGCUCAAAGCCAAUGGCAGGGAAAGCUACCGCCUCGUCUGACACUCCUUCUUUGUAUCUUUUUGAUUGAGCGCGUCAUGGGAAAACGAUUAUUGUCGCAACGGAAUAUUGAUAUCAUAAUCGUCCAGGAGGGCUAUCUAUGUCGCACAAUGUCCGAACACCGCGUAGCAAGGCUCAAUUCUUUCCCCUCUCUUGCUGCUCACAAUGCUCUCCCCCGAUCCAAUUAUGAAUCAGUGUUAAAGUCGGCUGUUGAUUAUAAGAUAACUCCCGUCCUUCCACUUGGUCUAUCGCGCCAAAUGAGUUGUCGAAUAGCGGAUAAGCCGCGGUUGACGGCAAAACGGCCCUUGGAAGCAACAUAUCACAAGGUUAACUGGGUGAACCUAGCCCAAGUAGAGGGUUAUCUCAGGUGCUCAGCCGACUGUGUAGAGAAGCUCAGAGCCCCUAAGGACCCUCCCCCUGCAACCAGGAGGGGGACCCCAACUAGCUCCUCCGAUGACAAGGCCAACUAA